AUGAUUUGGAAGGCAAGGGAUCCGGUAACACCUCCGAAGGGGAGAGGGGAAAUUGGUGACCGACAACUCAAACCCCUUUCGGAAAGUGUAAAUGAUAUCGGGAAUGGGCAGCGAAAAGCGUUUAGGGCAGGAAUGACACCUCCCGGACAAGGACCCAAACCUCCGCCGCCCCGCCAAGCCGGCUCCACCCCGCCGCGCCGGGGCGGGGACGAGCCAGCCCCGCCGGCCGGGAGGAAGAGGAGGGAUUUCACCUGCCCAGCCCAGCCCGCCCCUCCAGGUGCCAGGUGGAGCAGGAAGCGGCGGCGGCGGCGCCGGAGGGGACCCGCGCCCGCCUCGGCGCCGGGCCCAUGCGGGGAGAUGGCGGCGGGCCGGGCGCUGGCCGCGCUCCUGGCCGCGCUCCUGGUCGCCUCGGCGCAGCUAUUCCCGCGGGAAGAACGAAACAACUCUGUUCUAUAUGUUUUUUCUUUCUUAGUUUCCUUUACAAUCUCUCUUCAUAAAGCGGACAACACCACAGUUAUGAUUAAACUGAAACCUGGUCUUUCACCAAGCUGUCGAAUCCGCAUGAAAAAUGUCAUCAGAUCUGAACUCAAGAUAAAGCCUGGGGAGAAUGUGACUUUUACCUUCACCUGUAGUACUCCAGAGAAAUAUUUCAUCAUGGAAAUUCAGAAAAAUAUUGACUGUGUGUCAGGCCUAUGUCCCUUUGGAGAUGUUCAUCUUUACCCACUGGGGCUACCUCGCCUUAACAGGACUUAUAUCUGGGAUGUGAAGGCAAGUACAAAAGCUGGACUUGAACUAAAAUUUUCUACCUCGUGGCUAAGACAGAUUGAACCAGGAGAGACAUGCCCAGACUCCGUUAGCUACAAUAUCAGCAGCUGUAUUGAUAAGGCCGUGGUCAACAUUGGCACCUUCUGCAGAAAUGGCUCUGUGUCUCGCAUCAAGCUGCUGGGGGGAGUUAUCGUGUCCCUGCACCUUCCGUGGCACUUGCCUCUCACCACUUCAGGCUUCAACAUAGCCAACAGGGCUUCCAUAAAACGCUUAUGCAUCAUUGAAUCCAUCUUGAAGGGGGAGUCUUCAGUCACCCUGAUGUCCCCUAACUACCCACUGGGCUUUCCGGAAGAUGAGCUCAUGACAUGGCAGUUUGUGAUUCCUUCCAACAUGAGAGCAAGCGUGUUCUUCCACAACUACAGCCUCUCCAACUGCGAAAGGAAGGAGGAGAGGGUGGAGUACUAUAUCCCCAGCUCCCCCAGCAACCCGGAGGUGUUCAAGCUGAGUGACAGCCAGCCUGCCAAUAUUGCUGGCAGUUUCAAUAUGUCCCUGCAGGGCUGUGAUCAGGAUGCCCAGAAUCCAGGCAUUCUUCGCCUGCUCUUCCAAGUUGUCAUUCAGCACCCGCAGAUUGAUGAGAAUGUCACCCAUUUGGUCGACCUGAGCAAGGAGAAGAACAUGACUAUGACAAUACACUUGGAAAGGUGGCCCAGCCACAUCCCCCUCAUGUCUGAACCCAUAUGCCUGAUCUGCAAGGAUCCUCGCACCUGCGACCGUGUCUUGACUUUAACCUCUGGUGCUGUCUACAGGAUCUCCUUUCUGUGCAAGGACUUGUCCCGGCUGAGGAUCACAGCUGAAAAAGGCAUAGGCUGUAUGGAUAUUCGUUGGUGUCGGGGGAAGAUCUAUUCCCUUUCAGUGCCCAAGGCUAUUACCCGAUUGCCAAUUCAACUGCAUAAGUUUACUUGGAAGCUCUUGGCUACUGAUCUGAUCAAUGUAGAAAUUACGUCUCCGUCCUUGAAACUUCAGCAACACAUCCCAGAGCAGAGGUGUAACACGAGCUACAGUUACAGCAUUGUUAGUGCCACCCCAGAGACAGGGAUGAAUGUUGGUGUAUUCUGUCCUGGUGGAUCUAUUGAAAAGAUUCAGAUGAGGAAUAAUAUCACCAUAUCCUUAAACACAUUUGGUAAAAGAUUCAUCAGUGAGUCUAUCCCUCAGGAUCUGAAAAUGUCUUUUGUGCCGCAUAUUAAAGAUGAGUGCACAUUCACUGUGAGUCCAAAUCCGAAAGCUGAAGUUUACUUGCAGGCUCCCAACUCACCUUACGGUUUACCUCCUUAUGUUUCCAUAUCCUGGUUCAUCGUUGUGCCCAGCAAGCAAACUGCCCGCCUCAGCUUCUCCAGGGACCGUAUGGAUAUUGCCUGUGAGACAGGCCGUGCCUACAUCAACAUAAAGGAAGAGAUUCUGGGAGCAGAGGAGAUCGUGUGCCGUGAGGACGAGCUCCUGCCCCAGCCCCGAAAUAUGCACCACAACUUCUGGGUGAACGUCUCCAACUGUAAACCUGUGGAUAAGACACAGCUGACCUUGCAGUUCAGGGUGACUUUUGUUGACAAGCAGAUAGACCUUGGAAUCAUACUUGGUGUGGUGGCUGGGGCUGGAGUUCUCACAGCAAUUGGACUGACUGUGUUCUGUAUUAAGAAGAAGAAGAAGAAAACCCAGAAUGCCUUGGUGGGAGUGUACAAUGCUAAUGUGAAUACCCAGAUGCCUGGGAAAAAAGGCUUAUUUGAAAAAGGGAGGCAAAACAGUGAGUCUCAUGUCUACGCUGUUAUUGAUGAUGCUGUGGUCUAUGGACACUUGCUGAAGGAGUCCAAUGGCUCAGUCACUCCAGAAGUCGAUGUGUACCGGCCUUUUGAUGGACCCAUUGGUAACUUGCCACCUUCUCCACCUCCAUUCUCCUUCAGAAAAGACAUUAAACACUCCUCUAACACUGAAGAGGAACCUCUUCCCCUGACGGACACAGACCAAGACACUUACACAUUUGCUCAUCAGAAAUCAGGGCAGUCAGAGGACAAUGGAGAUGCAAAUAAAAAGGAUAAGGGAGAUACAAGUGUUCCCUUGCUGGAAAAUAAGGAACAGGUUGGAUUAGUGGAGUAA